AUGGAAUCGCUUCGGAUGGGGAAUGUGAUGAUGUUUGUGCCGGAGAUCGCCUUGAAUCAUGUGGGGGCGAAGAUAGAAUCGCUAUCUACCAAGGUCAUCAUAUAUAUCAGUAUUGGCAUCGUCUCUGGCCUCCUCCUCAUCAUCGCCAUCAUUGUCGUGGUCGUUAUUUGCAAAAGACAUAGAAGAGGCUCUAACAUCGCUCUAAGGCAGUCAGUCAGUGACAGGGAGGGCCAGGAACUAGAUCCCUACACGUCCUUAGAUGCAACAUCUAUGAAGCAACCAGCCUACGAGGAUAUCAAAGCAACUAGACACGGAAAUAGAGGCCACACAAAUACAAUCGAGGGGGUAGAAUAUGAAAAUCAAACAAUAGUUGAGCAUCCCUACACAUCCUUAGAUGCAACAACUAUGGAGCAACCAGCCUACGAUGACACCAUAGCAACUACACGCGGAGAUAGAGGCCAAAUGAAUGCAAUCGAGGGGGUAGAAUAUGGAAAUCAAAGAAUAGUUGAGCAAACAGCUAGAGUCAAGAAAUCAAACUUGAGAGUGGCCGAUGAGAAUACUGAGCCAAACUACGAGUUCCUGAAUUAAAUUGAUUCCAUGAAGUAGGACACAGAACGAGUUUUAAGUACAGUCUUACCUGUCUAGAGAGGUCGCUCAUUGUAGACCCACAAAAUGGCCACUAGCUGCAGAUAGCUUCUACAACAUACUUUUCUUUUUCUAGGGAAACAAAUACAUAGCCAAUAGCCCAAUACAUAACAGACAGGGAGCCUUAAUGGAGAGGUGGCCACGAGACAAGUUUGACUGUAUAGCAUGAGCUCUUUAUAAAGUUAUAAAUGUAGCGAGUUUGUCAAAAUAUUAUAGGCCGUUACUUGAGAAUAUUUGUUGUUGUU